GCCGCGGUGGGACGAAGCGGAAGAGAAAACCGUCCCCGCUGCGCUCCGCUCUGCUGUGUUGUGUUGUGCUCCUGCCUGGUUGUCUACUGUGGACGGCAUCGAUUCAGGGGCUAAAAAUCGACCCUGAUUGCCGUGUUUACAUUGUAAUCCCGGAGUUUACACCACUCAGAGGAGUUUUCAAACACUAUACAGACGGGGAUGGAGUCUCACGGCAGAGACGAAGUGAAGGGGCCGGUGCUUCAUAUUGUGGUUGUUGGAUUUCACCAUAAAAAGGGCUGUCAGGUAUGUUCACCAGGCUGCUUCAUGCUAAUGCGGCUAACUGCUAUGUAAUGCCUUCUUAUUGACCGAUAGUAAGUGCUUAGUCACACUUUAUUACUUGUAUGGUUUCCUGUUUAUGUGGACUUAUUAAAAUCUAGUUCCUCGGCUGUAUUUGUGCUCAUGUUGACCCUGCAGUGGAGCUGAAAACUGUCUCCAUGCAGAGAGGAGAGGUUCGAGUUCUCAUCAGCUGUUGGCUCUGGGCUCACAUGGUUAUGUAACAUGUGCUCUGCUGCUGCUGACUUGGACAUCUUCACCCCUCAGUUUAUCCAGCAGGACUGUGUUUUUUUAUUCUUUUUAUUACAGGCUCCAGCUUGUCCCAACACUUCCUGGUAACAGUAUUUACCAGUCAUUGAUCCAUCUGUUAGAAAGGGAGGUUAAGGUUGAAAGCACCUGGAUGUCACCAUGAAGAGGUCACUCUGGUUUUGACAUACAGCUUCCAAACAUAACCCCCCUCCCCCAAGGCUCUUGAACCAAAAAGAAAUUAAACAGAAAAAUACGAAAACAAAAAUACAAAAAUAGUCAGAUAAGAAUAAGAAUAAGAAGAACUUUAUUGAUCCCCGAAGGGACAUUCAAUUGUCUGUUGUCGCAUAUAAUAUGUCUAUAAGAGUUAUCUAUUAUUUACAUAAGAAUUAUAAAGUCUGAUGGUUGUGGUACAAAAGAUCUUCUAAAUCUUUUUUCCAUGCCAUUUUGGUUUUAUCCCAUGAUACUGGUUUCAAGUCUCUUAUUAUAUUGUAAAUCACAGAUACACGUUUCUUCUCAUAAGGAUCUCGCCCUAGGAUUGCAUCUAAAGGAUUCUUAGGUGGUGGGAGGGGAAAUGAGGGAAAUUUUUCUCUGGUAACAGACACUGUAACCCUCUCGAGAGAUGAAUGUUGCUGACCGCUUGCUUCUCUAGAUAUACCAACUUUAGUAACGACCGCAGGAUAGCAAUACACAGCGGUCUGGGGAGCCAUAUACAAACCUCAACCAAAACGCCACUCUAUAGCCACAAAUAAUGCUCAGAACAGCACCUAACUUCAUCAACAGUCCCAGGCAUAGCACUAGCCACCAAACAUCUUUUGAACUUUGACUACUUUCUUUAGCAAAGAGACUAAACACAACUCACCUACUCUCUUCCAGCAGCUGUUCGUUUGUAGCGAGACCUCGGGCCAGUCCAUUACAGACUGCUGUGGGGUGACGCAGCUCAAGGAAGAACAUUUAUGAUCAUUUUUUUCAUGGAAAUGUAAUCAGACAAGAUGCUAAGGCAGAAGAAUUACCGCGUCUGCAGUGGAAAAUGAUUAAUAUGAUGAUUAUUACUUCAAGGAAAUUAUAAAGAAAGGGAUAAAAAAUAAAACCAAGACUGUACUUCUGUGAAGACUCCGUCAAUACUGAACAAUAUCUCCAGGUUUAAGAUCAACAUCUGCUGCCAUCCAGACAAUGACUUUUUCAGUGCAGACCUUCAUAUCUCAGUAAGACAAUGACAAACCACAUUCUGCAGGGAUGACAACAGCAUGGCUCUGUAGGAGAAGAGUCCUGCUGCUAAACUGGCCUGCCUGUUCAAAAUACGCAGACAGUUUGGGUUGUUUGGUUUUUUGUAAUGUGAAGUUGUUUUAGUCUCUCUUGGAACACAGAUUUCAAAGGACUUUUCUUUAUCUUAUUGAGCUGAACUAACAUGCUGAGCAACUCCAUCUUUCCCAACCUUUUUGGCUCAGUGCAUCUCAAAGCAAACAGGAUUUCUCAUGGUCACGUGACGCAACUGUCUACAAGUUCAAACACUGAUUCUUCCCCCUCAUACAGGCUAAGAUUAUUAGAGAGCAGAUGACGUGAUUGAAGUCAUAACGGCAUUUUUCUCACAUUAAACAAGUCUAGAGAUAUUUUUGGUUUUAAGAUGGUUCCAAAGAUUUUUUUCUCCUCAAUAAUAAUCAAAAGGCUUCAGUUUUGUUCGUAUUUUUACUAACUCUCACAGAAACAUGUUGCUCUUAUUGUUAAUUUGAACCUGUUUCUCAAAGAUUAACACCAAAACCCGCCUCUCACAUCAGGUUUCUGUCUCCUGCAUGACAAAAGCAGCUUUAACACCUGCUCAUCAGUGAGAGUGUGUGUGAGGCAUCAAGUGUAAGUGCUCCUCAUACAUCUUCCAAUUACCCUGCUCUUCUCCAAACUCCAUUAAAUUUGCAGGCGGAGCUGGAGGCUGUAAAAACAUAAACAGAGCUGCUGCUGCCUGUGGUGGCUGCUCUCCAUCUGUCUCUGCUGAUGAAAGAAUGAAGGCGCUGUCUUUUAUUCGGACUCGGCAGCUGUUUCAUGCAGAGACAGAUCCAAGAAAAAGAAGAAGCUUGUUUUGAUGUAAAAUUGAGACUCAGAGCAGACAGAGGUCUCUCUUUGUUUCACUUAAUGGACUGUUGCCUCUACUGUAGGAGGAGGUUACCUGAUCCGGGUCAGAGAUCUCCUGCUGGGUAUCAGAUUGGCUUCCUGGCUCUUUAAUUCGGCAUCUCUUUCAAACCCCUCGCCUGUUUGAAAUUCACCUGCUGCUGCCGUCCGUCUGUUUCCCCAUCAGGAGUUUUUUUUAGAGAAGAGACGCGCAGAGGCUCAGAGUUGCGCCACAUAUCGACGUGCUUUAUAUUCUGAAUUGCGCCACAUUUUGAUGUGACUAAAAAGAUAAAAAACUAAAACCUACCUUUGAAUAAAAAAACAGGCCCAUUAUUUUUCAAAGAAACUGUCAGAAUUGAUUAAAAUAAAAGUUUUCACAAUUGUAAAUAAAGCACUUAAGCGCCCAGAGAGCGUGCAGUUACUCGAAUAAGCGUUUUUUAACUUUUUCUAGAGGAAUUUUUACAGGUGAGUAAAAAACUCCUGUAUUUAGGUCAGUACAGUCCCAGUGAAAACAUCUGUAUUGGUAUCAUUGGUUUAAUUCACAUUUAUGACCUGGGAUUGUUUCAGGCCCUGAGGGAGUUAACCCUGCACGAGUUCAGCCUGAAAGCGUGAAUCACUGUAGCCAGGCGUGUUCGUUUGUUUGUGUGUUAAUGUGUGUGUGUGUGUGUGUGUGUGUGUGGCGUUCAGGACCAGCAGGUUUCAGGUUAAUCUUGUGUCAGGUUGGGCCAUGUGUCAGAGCGACAGUGAUGGCUCCUAUUUGAGAUCAGAAGAAACAGAACGAGGUCAAAGAGGAGCUGAAAAUAGAGUUCAUCAUUGACGGAAGACGAGAAAAGACUGAGCUCACAUCAGGCUUCAGAGUCAGGCGGAACAGGUCGAGUAACUUUAAUCUGUGAUUGAAGGUUGAAUAAAUUUCAACAUCAGACACACAUGGGUGUUUAAACUGAGUGACAGCUUCUGGGAUCAUGGAGGAUUGAACUGUUAAAUUGAAAGAAAAGCUUUUAACCAGCUGAAGGUUGAAAAAGAAAUGAUGUAAUCGAGGAAAGAAAGACGCAGUUAGAUGGAAAGUGGUGUAGAAAUAGUGGACAGCUGAGUAAAGAGAGGCCCUUUAUUGUGGUCAGUCUGAGGCACACCUGUGUGCAAUAAUCAUGCUGUCCAAUCAGCAUCUUGAUUUGCCACACCUGUGAGGUGGCUGGAUUAUCACAGCAAAGGAGAAGUGUUCACAAACACAGAUUUAGACAAAUUUGUCAACAAUAUUUGAGAGAUUUUAUAAAACGGUUCUGGCCUGUAUAGACGAACGGUUUUAUAAAUGUAUCAUCAACAGGCCAAAUGAGCCUCUUUAGUGUAACAUUUGAGAGAAAUCGGUCUUUUGUGUACAUAGAAAAAGUUCUUAGAGUUCAGCAAAAACAACGGUGCUGCAUUUAUAUUUUUGUUCAGUGUAGUUUGUUGCAUUAAGAAGGAUUCGUCUUUUUUUACUUCUUUCCAGUUCAGGAUAAACUUGCUGAUUAACUCUUUUCUCUCUCUUCAGGUGGAGUUCUCGUAUCCGCCGUUGAUGCCCGAUGAGGGUCAUGACAGCAACCUGCUGCCAGAGGAGUGGAAGUACCUCCCCUUCCUCGCCCUGCCAGAUGGGGCACAUAACUACCAGGAAGGUACGACGUAUCUCUAGUUUACAGUUUCAAGGAUGCAGGUUAAGUUUUAUAGAAAAAGAAGGAAUUUAAGGAGUGUAAAACUAGAAAUACUUCAUGUGUAUUUGAGUGUCGAUUAUGUCCUUAAAUAAACAUGAAUGAGUGCAGAGGGUGAGUUAAACAGCUAAACUUGGCCUCUGUUGUUCAUAAGCAGGUGUCAGAUUUGAAUACAAGAACAUUAUCCAGGCUGGGUUCAGGCAGAGCAGGGCUGCUCUGGCUCUGCAGUGACAGCCAGCUUCCUGUCAGACCAUCCUGCAGGGUUGUGUUGUGUCUGCAGUCAUGUGAUGGCGUGGUUCACCGCUGCUGCUGUUCAGACCGUCCUGGGAAAGCAAACAGGGAGGAACUGAGGCAAAGUUCACUUGGAGAGUUUUAUGCUGAAACUGCAGCCAUUAACUCUCAAACUUUAAAUAGUGUGAGCUGAACUAAAAUCAUCACAGAGCAGAUGUUUUAUCCAUGCAGGAGGAAAUGUAACACAAUUUUGCAGACGGCUUUUGUGUCCUUUUUUCAUCCCCAGACUCUGAAAUCUAUCUAAAGCGUUGAAUCAGUCCCCGGAGAGCGUUUCUAAAUCUUUUGUAUCCUUUGUUUGUGCUGCUCCAGAGGCGUGUUGCAGACUUUCAGCUGAUUAAAAAGCAGGGAUGUGACCGACUCCCUCUGCACUGCGGCUCAUGACAGCAGCAGUCACACUGAUAUGACUCAGUGUUUGCUACAGAGGUGUACAGUAGAGCUGCUGUUGUUAAAACUAAACAUUAACAGAAUCAUUAUAAGAGCUCUCAACCCGACUGAUGUUUCCCACACAUGAAGAGGUUCAUUUCAGGCGAACGACAAACCGGACUAUCUUUGGACACAUGCUCUGCAGGCGAUGAUGAAGACAGAAAGCUGCUUCAUCAUCACAUCCUCUUACUGUUAAUGCAUUUAAUGACUGAGGUCAUUCUGCGACUCAUUUCAGUCCUGCUUUGUUGUGAAAUGCAUCUUCGUUAACAAGCCUCAUCCAGACUUGUAUCAUUUGUUGUGAUCUAGAAAUGUUCAGUGAAAGGUUUCAAAAUGCAAAUCUACUGUGGUCGAGAACCGCCACUGCUGCAAAUAAAAAAAGAAGUUGCAACGGAAGUUACCAAUGCAAAAAGAAGAAACCGAAGCCUGCUGCAAAUAAAAAAAGAAGUAGUGCAAAUAAAUAAAGCUGCAACGAAGGUGAGCUGCCGGGGACCAAUAAUGACGAUGCACCGGUGUUUUACAAUUAAGGCAGAGAAGACAACGGCCAAAAGACGAGCAAAGAAGUAAUUUGAAAGGUUAUUGUUUAAUUUCGCUUAGUAAACUUUUCAAUGUGUCAUUUGGUUAGGUCAUGUAGCGCCUGAGUCGAUAUGAAGUUUAACUGAACUUAUAUACUACACCUGCGCUACAUGGGCUGACCAAAUGACACACUGAAAAAUUAAACAAAAACCUUUCAAAUUACUUCUUUGCUCGUCUUCUCGCUGUCAUCUUCUGCGCCUAAAUCGUAAAACACCAGUGCAUCAUCAUUAUUGGUCCCCGGCAGCUCAAUUCCUUUUUUUAUUUGCAUCCUUUUAUUUUCGCAGUAAGUAACUUUUUUUUUGUGUUGCCACUUAUUUUGCGUCGUUAACUUCUGUUGUGCCUUUUUUUUUUUUAAUCUGCACCGUUUUUUUAAAAAUUUGCAGCAGACUUCAUUUCUUUUUUUUUUAGCAGCGGUAACUUCCGCUGUGGCUUCUUUUUUUUUUUUGCAUACUUUUUUAUUUGCAGUUUUCGGCCACCGUACAAAUCAAAUGUUUGCAUGAAGCAAACAGAAACUGGAACUGCUGUGUGUGUGUAAAGAGAGGAGAGAUGUCAGUGUGGAGGGAAGAACAGAAUCAAAACAAAGAGGCAAAUUCAAGUCAUGAUUGAAUCUGACAUUUGAGCCUUCAUUUAAACUCCCGUGAAAAUAGAUAUAUCUCACAAUGCACGACAGAAAAAGGUGACUUGUUUUCAUGUUUUCAUCAGACCUCUGUUAGGAUGAGAGUGAAGCUCUGACUGUGAAGAUGCUCACUGCUCACUUUAACAAUCAGACCCAAAACAAGAGCAAACUAAACGAUACUGCUCCACUUUUUAGGUGUGUUUGCUCUUGAAUAUCACCUGCCUGAUGUUCUUUAUGAUCAGACUUUGAGAUUGUGAAGGCAGAUGAUGCUAAAUUCAUGUGUGCCCCAGUCUGUCCUCAGAGAAAUCCCCCCUGAAGUGUUCAGAAGAAGCAGACUGGAGGUUUUUGCUGCUCAAAACGAUCAUGUGAUCUUCGUUUCAGCCUUUUAAAGCGGAGAGUUGAAGGCUGUAUGUUGGCAUUUUGUAGCCGAGGCUUCAGUCCAGAUGCUCUUUUAGCUGCCAAGUCUGAACCCCCCAAGUACACAGAAACACACACAGAAACACACACCAAGCCUUUCCACCAGACUCUGUUUAAUCUCUGACGUCCACAGCCUAACCUUUGAGAGAUCUUGUUAUAAAAUGUUGUGUUUUUCAGAGGAAUCGAGGCUGACAGUUUCUGCUUGUUGUUUGUCCUCGUCUCACAAGUGAUCGGUGAUUUCAUCUACUUCAGUUCUGCUUCUCAGACUCAGCUUAAAUCAUGCAAAAACUCAAAAACCUCUUAUUUUCUCUAAAAUGCAGUAAUUAAUUAAAUCCUCUUAGUCUCAUUAGUCUCACCUCUUUUUUAGCUAAACAUGCUGAACAGCUGUAGUGAUGCUGAAGAGGGAAUGAGCAGGUUUGAGGAGUUUUUACAUCCAGUCCAGUUGAACCAGUUUAGCGGUGAAUAAUCAUCAUCUCCUGAACGUCUCCUCAGCUCUUCUGUCUUUGACUUCCACUCUCUCCUUUGUGUCUCCUCUCUUACGUAACCCUCCUUUUCUUUCCCUCUGUCAGGUGCACACAGUGAUGCAGCAGCUGGAGAUGAGCCUGCAGUGUGGGAACAGUUUCAAUCCUGCACACAUUCAAUGUGCAUCUUUUCUUACCAAAUCCUGUUUCUUUAUCUUGUGUAUUUGCUCCUCUGAGUGAAAGAGAGAUCGCUCUUCUGCAGACACUCCCUCCAGAAGAAAGACUGUCGCUGUAUUUUAAUGUGACUUAUCUCGCUGUUUUUGCAGAUACUGUAUAUUUCCACCUGCCGCCGCUCAGUGAGGAUAUGAAGUGUGUCUACGGAGUGUCCUGUUAUCGCCAAAUAGAAGCAAAGGUCAGACUUUUCAUGACGUCCCUCCAGAUUUUGUGAAAGAGAUGAAAAAAAAAGAGAUUCUCAGAGUGGAAGUUGUUUUUGUUUUCGUUGAGGUGGGGUUAAACUUUUAGGAGACAAUAUCUGAUUUUUCACACCAAACUUGAUUUACUGUUUUCAUUAUUUUUUCUUGUACUUCUUUGCAAAAAUAAAAAACUACAACUGACAAAGAACUGUCCCGAUACUGCACAGCCCUCAGUCGUUGUAAGGUGGCACGGUUGGACUUCACUGCACAUUAUGUCUGUUGUAGUGGAAGAAAACCACAUCCCCUCCAGCUCUCUGGUGAUCUUUUCAUGGAUGCAGCGGUGAAACGGAGGAAGGGCAGCUCCUUUAUCAAAAAUACAAACAGCUGGUAGCACAGAUCUAGAUAAAGUCAGGCUGUACUUUUCUGUACCAGGCUGUCCACCGUGUACCUUUGUGGUCACGCUCUAUAAUUCAAUCAGAAAUGGUCGCUCUCAUGUUGGCAGCUGUGCAGGAUGUGUUUGUGAGCUGUGCAUGUCAAAGUGAGACACAUUUCUCCCACUCGGCUGCAUUCCUCUGUUUCAGAUGUUGGAAAAACACAAAUGUGGAUGAAUGAAUAAAGUGAGUUUAUCAGUCAGCUCAAGAUACAGCAGGAAAGUUAGACUUGGAACAGAAUGAAUCGCAAAAAAAUCAAGUAUCUAUCAAGUGUUUCAGUUCAACCUUCUUCUCUGAAACCUGAACAUCCUGAGAUUCCUCCUCUUCUUCUUCAUUUGCUUCUUCUAUCUUCUUUCUGCGUUCACAUGUGCAAAAAAAAACUCCUAAAAUCUUCUGAACUUUACAGAAGGAUUGUCAAACAUUUCAGCCCCGACUUUACCUGGACUUUUUCCUUGUAAAAUCCCCACAAGAAUUUGGAUGUUGAUGUGGGAAUGCAGGGAAGAGUGGGAUAUACGAGGGUGGAUGAAAGCUGAGGUUAAGGGGUGCAUUUUGCAAGAUAAUAUCCUCCUCCUCCUCCUCCUCCUCCUCUUGUGUUCUUGAUUGAAUUAAAUAUAAAAAGAGGAAAUAAAAUGACAGCAUCCCUCGCUCUAUUUUAGUCUCCGGUGACAUCAGUACCAGCUCCUCAUGAGCUCUGUUGCCGGGCGGUUAGUCACAGGAUGACCUCACUGUUUGCCCUGCAGCCUCAUGUUUAUAUAUUAAUAUAUUUGUAAAAUGUUCUCGAUCCCUCCUCAGGCCCUGAAGGUCCGACAGGCCGACGUCACCAGAGAGACGGUGCAGAAGAGCGUGUGCGUCCUCAGCCGAGUGGUGAGUCAUUCAGACCACGAUGUUGUUGUCAGAUAACAGAAGAAAUCUGGAUUUCACUGCUGGAGGGUUACAGAUUUCAGGGUCAGUGAAAUACCAGCGCUAACAAACAUACCAGGGUCAUGUGAGAGAGUUCAGGCCCAGAUAAAGAUUCGGUUUCCUCAGCAGCUUCUUAUCUUUUUCCUCCAGUGUUGAAGAAUAAGUCUGAGAGUCUCUAAAGUGUCCGUCUCCUCUCUUCUGAAGCGAUAAAAGAAUCAACACAAUCCGUCUCAGGAGUGAAAUAAUCUUCUAUCAGUCUCUGCGAGGAUUUCAACGACUCAAAGAUGACUUUUUAAUACUGGAAGAAGAUAGAAGACGAGACUUCAGCCCCUGAAACGACACAUAAUGAGACAUUAGGAAUAUUAGACGCCAUCAUUUCUAUCUUUAUGUCUUAAAUUUAAAGAGAAACAGUCAGUAUGAAGUCAGAGUCUUCACAGAUUUUAUAACAUCCAGGGUUAGACGGGUCAUGGGAGGUUUUACCUGAGAAUGAGCUUUGAUGUAAUGAACCAAAAAUAAUCAGGUUUCAAUUUUGAUUAUGGCUCCAAACAGUCCUAAAAAUAUGACAAUCCCGCUUACAUCCGGACAGUUUCAAAUCACAGCGUGUUUUUGUUUUUCCUUCCAGCCUCUCUACGGUCUCCUUCAAGCGAAGCUGCAGCUCAUCACACACGCCUACUUUGAGGAGAAAGACUUCUCACAGAUCUCCAUCCUAAAGGUUUGGAUUCUGACUGUCUGUUUAUGUUUUACCUCCAUGCUACGGCCUCCUCUCACCUCCUGCUUCCUCCUCCGUCUCUGCAGGAGCUGUACGAACACAUGAACGGCUCUCUGAGGGGCUCCGCUCUGGAGGGGUCGCAGGUUUACCUCGGUGGGUCAAACUCUGUCGGUCAUUCUUGUGUAAAAUCAUUUUAAAGCACCUCUGUAAAUCCAAAGAUAUCUCACCCUGAAAAUGUGCGUGCACCUCUUUCCUCACUCUGUUUGUUUCCUCUCCUCAGGGUUAUCACCGAGAGAUUUAAUACUUCACUUCAGACACAAGGUAGAAAAGAGCAGAUUUGAAGACAGCAUUAAUAUUUAAAUUUUCAGGUCCUUGUGGAUUUCAGGUUUAUUUGAAAUAUCUCCACUUUCCUUUGGUUUUAUCUGCACAGGUCCUCAUCCUCUUUAAGCUCAUCCUGCUGGAGAAGAAGGUCCGAUAAGUGAAAGUCUUUGCCCUCUUUAAGACUCGAUCGUUUACAGUAAAAUAACUCUCAAAGUCUCUUUCUCAUGUUUUGUUUCUCAUGUCUGCAGGUUCUGUUUUAUGUGUCUCCUGUAAACAGAUUAGUCGGGGCUCUGAUGACGGUUUUAUCGCUGUUUCCAGGUCAGUAAGUCCGAAAGAAAAGUCUCUUUCAUACAUCUGCCGACCCUUAGGUGCAUUAAAGUAGACUUUUGUUAAUGUGUCUGCACUCAAAACUAUUUAAAAAAGUAAAAUAUAAAUAAAUUAGAGGCUUUAAAUGUAACCGCUCUGAAGCAGUUACCGAAAAUAACGUAAGAUCUGUGUGUUCCAGUCCUUUUGACUUUUAUUUUCAUGAAUACAGCAUGAGGAAAUGCGACCCUGUUGGAGGGUUGAAUCAGAUCAGAUUGUGUUGUCUCGAUAAGGAGAAAUUCACAGCUCUACCGCAGACACAAUAAGGCCUUAAAAGUGUGUGAAUAACUGACAUGUUUGUCCUGGUUUGAAGAGCUUGAAAAGAAAGUUACUCUCCUUCAAUAGCGGUGGAUGCCAGAUUUUGUUCAGACCUUUUAAAGUUUUUUUUCAGGUCUGAACAAAUCAGAAAAUGUCCAACUUAUCGCAUGUUCAAUAACAAGUAUUUAAAUCCGAUUGUCCAGGUAUGAUCGAGCACGGCCUGGUCGACUCGUCUCACUACAGGCCAAAGAGCAGCGUGUCAGAGGACCUGAGCAUGGUGGAGAGCGUCUCCGGAGCCGAAGAGUUCGUCUCAGUGUCCGUCACUGACAUCACGCUGGAGGGCGAGGGGGAGGGGACAGGCCAGCCUGAGUCACUCUCAUCUGGUAACGGCACAGAGGGGGACAAUCACCUCCUCAAACCCCCGUCUCGCACCUCCCCGGAGUCCUCAGAGAGCGACUGGGAGACCCUGGACCCCAGCGUGUUAGAAGAGGGAGCCCCUAAAGAGGCAGCAGAGGGGAAGGAGGCGGAGUCAGAGCUGAAAGACGCCUUCGACUCGAAGCCGGGGACGCCCAUCACUAUGCAGCCGCAGUCUGGAGGGAUCAUUCAGGGUCUGAUAUCAGGUCUGGAGGAGGAUCAGUACGGCCUGCCUCUCCCCAUCUUCACCAAGGUACAGAAAUCCAAAUAUUGACCCGUGUGUGUUUUUCACUCAGACUUCACUGAAGCAGAUCAGCUCAAACAGUGAGAUAGAAACCUGUCCUCAGGUGACCUUUGCCCUUGUGUUUCCAGGGUUACCUCUGUCUGCCCUACAUGGCCCUGCAGCAGCACCACCUCCUGUCAGACGUGACGGUGCGCGGCUUCGUAGCGGGGGCGACGAACAUCCUUUUCCGACAGCAGAGGCACCUCAGUGAUGCUGUUGUUGACGUACGUGUUUGAGACACAUGCUAACACCUGCAGAAACCUCGAUUUAUCAGCGUUGACACAAACUUUAAAACUCUGUGUGAUUUUUUUAAGGUUGAAGAAGGGAGCAUCCAGAUCCAGGACCCCGAGCUCAGAAGGAUGCUGAGUCUGACGACGGCAGACCUUCGCUUUGCAGACUAUCUGGUCAAACACGUGACGGAGAACAGAGAUGAUGUUUUCCUGGACGGGACGGGCUGGGAGGGCGGAGACGAGUGGAUCAGAGCUCAGUUCACCCUCUACCUUCACUCUUUACUGUCCUCUGCACUACAGGAAGGUAACUUGUCUUCUUUUUACUUCCCUUUUAUACCUUCAUAUAGUUUAAGAUUUUGUACCUGGGACAUUUUUCUCAGACGCCAUCAGCAGUCGGUAAAAGCUUCGUUUUAAUAUUCAUGAGUCGUGUAAACAGAGUAGUAGAAAGUCUGUCUGGAGGAGUUAUUCUGGAUAUUUAACCUGAAGCUUCACCUUUCUUUUCCAGAUAAUGAGAGACUCUUGGCGGACUACGGAGCUCCGUUCAUCUCGGCGUGGAAGAUCUCACACAACUACAGAGUUUGGUACAGCAACAAACACCCGGCCAUGGCCACCAUCACACCGGGGUAGGUGGAGGGAGAGAAACGCUGAUUUUAAAGUUUUUAAAGUUGAGACACAUUACAUGCAGUUUAUUUACAUUUCUGUGCCUAAAUGACUAAAAGGUGAAACAGCAACUUUUCCAGCCUUUUUAAUUCCAGCUGAAAUAAUCUGCAGACCUCAAAACACACCAGAUUAGACCCUGAUUUAAUGAAGAAAACGGCCCCUGUGUCCUUAUAUGUGUUUCCAGUCAGUUCAGAUAAGAGCUGCACAUUUGAUUUGAUGUUUUAUCUCUAAUUUCCUUCCGUAUGUGUUUGAUUUUAUUACCUUUUGUGAAGCCGUACUAAAAGUGAUACACCAACAAGUCAUCAUCUUUAUUAUUAUUAUCAUUACACAGCAAUAUGAGGUCAUUUAAAGCUAAUAGUAUCAUAUUGAACGGUAUCAUCUCAAUGUAUAAACACAGGAGAGUGUUUGUACAAGAUAUUAAUGAACUACAUAUUCUUAGGAGAGUAAUAAAAGUGUUUUAUUUGUGAGUGACUCUUGCCUCUCCUCUGUGUUGCAGACACCCGUUUCAGGGUCAGUACAGUGUUGCUGACGUGAAACUCCGACUCUCACAGUGAGUAUCCUCUGGAGCUCCAUCCUCAAAUGGAUAUUAAGGUUUAAAUGUUCAUUAUACUUCUUCAGGAGUUCACAAAACCUGCAGCUACAAGAUGCACAAAAUGAGAAACAAACUAUUAAACAUGAGAGGAGUGAUGUUGGGUCUACUGCAGGUCCUGCUCAUGCGUGCGGCUGCUGCCCUCUUGUGGCGGACAGACGAACAGGUUCAGCAGGGAAACAGAGUUUUCUUCACUUAUUUUAGUGUCUUUUCCCUUUAAAAAAACAGCGUAAGGAACAUUUAUAGCCUGUAUAUAAAGAUUUUAAACUCCUGCUCAGUCUUUCACUCUCUGAGACAUGACGGUGUAUUCACAGUCAUGGAGCUGAGCUGGAGCUUAACCUGCCUCCAUGUAUUUAAUAGUCAUAGAUUAUUUAUGAUUAUAUAUAAAUGCAGGUUUAUUUUGUUAUUAAAACACUUUAGGGAUAUUUUCUUUGUAUGUGUACACAACAUUUAGUCAGAUUUCUUGGCUCCCUUUUCUUCAGACUUUUUAAGAUUUUUAUGGAUGGACCUAUUGCAAAAAUUACCCCAAGUAUCAGCUUCUUAGUUCGGUCUGCUUUAUUGAAGCCAAAAUGACAAGUUUCCAGACUUUAUUCUUAACUUUGGAGAUCUAACUUUACUAUAUUCUUCCUUUCCCUGAGGAUUUUUUGACCAUAUUUUGUCACCUGAUGCAGUUUUCUUCUCAUAUUUGGUUCAAAUACUUCAGCAGAUGAAGUCAACUACACUCGGUUUAAGGUUCCUCCUCAGUUUGUUUCUGCGUGUGUUUGUUUACGGACGAUUUACGACAAAGUUCACAGCGGUCAUGUCACCGAACACCUGGAGGUAAAGCGAGAGCUGCGAGUAUCACAGCCAAGAGAUCUGCCGCGUCCUCACCGUAAAGCUAAGUUAGGGACGAGGACACGCACUGCUCUGCUCUGCUCUGCUCGGCGUGUGUGUAGAUGUGUAGAUGUGUAAAUGUGUGUGUGUGUUGGAGGCAUUUAUCAAACGUGUAACCAUAGACUCCGCGCUCCAGCUGUGCGCCGAGUCGCCUUUCAUCCACGUUUCCUGGAAUGAAACCUGAUCUGAGGCCGGAGAAGUCUCCAGCUCUGUUUUUGAGAAUGAAACUUACUCAUAAUUAAUGACUCGCGACGAUAUGAGACCCCUCACACCCACCUCCUCCUCCCCCACCUUUAACCUGAGUCCAGAGAGCCGCUGUAUCCUCCCACAAACACAGCAGGGGGUCAAACACGGCCUGCUGCUCCGUGUCGCACACGCUCUUCAUAAAGUAUUCACAGCUUAAAGUGCACAGAGGACGACGAGCUGCAGAAACUCAAUCAUGGUGAAGUGUCUCAGAGAGAGUCUGGUUACACAGCAGGAGAAUACUGUCGAGUUUUUGGCAUUUUACUGCUUCUUCACCUGAUUUCAGUUCAUUUCUUUGUAACUAAAACUUCAAUUAUUUACUGUUUUCGUUAAAAACGACUCGAUUUGACUUUUCUUAAAGCUGACAUCCAAAAACUAGGAUUAGACCAAAAAGUUGGUGUAAUUAUGUGGAGCUUUGGAGAUGUCUUCAUAUUUCACUUCAUGUUAUACUUCUAGUACUGUAUAAUAAGUCGUUUUCAUCACUGUUUGAACACUUAUUUCCACCUAUAAGCCAGCACAUGCAGAGUUAAAAACUCACUAAAUAAUUGAUGCUUCUUAUGAAGCAAAAUUCCUCCAAAAAUGACGACUCUUACUGUAAUUUGCAGGUUUUUUUGUGAUUUCUGCAAGAGUAUAAUUUUGUUUCUUGUCACUUUGUUGAACAAACACAAAAAAGAAGAAUUCAAAGAUGUCACUUUUAGAGAGUGAUCUCCGCUGAUUGAGACUGGAUAUUUGCGCUUUAUGGGGCUGAUACAGUUCAUGGAGUUCAUGGAGCAGCAGGGGGCACGGCGGCUCUCCGCUCUCCUCUCUGCACUAUAAAACUCUGGAUAUAACCGACAUGGUGUGUGUGUGUGUGAGAGUGUGUGUGAGUGUGUAAUGAGAGGGGGCUGUGGGGUCGGGUGCAGGCAGGAAGUUUGGCUCUUGUCCAUCGGAGCUUCUCGGGAAUAAACUCAUCUCAUUUCCUGCCUCAGCUUUGUGUCACCGGCUCUAAAACAGGAGGGGAUUCAGCCGGUCGCCUGGACUCUGUGUGGGUGUUUCUGUGAUCUGUGUGUGUGUUUGUGUGUGUCUGUGUGUGUGUCUGUGUGUGUGUGUGUGUAAGGUUUUCCUACACGUGUUGGCUGAGCAGAAAUGUGCGUGCGGGGCGGCAGAUAAACAGCUCAGUCUUUACUCCAACGAGUCAAGACGAGAGUGGACUGACUGACUGACUGACUGUAGACUUCAGCCUUGGAGAGUCCAGAUCCUCUUAACAUGGAAAAAAUCUACAAAUUAUUUCUUUAUUUUGAAAAAAUUAAAGAGUUUAAAUAUCAGAUUUUACAACAGAUCAAAAACUACAGACAAACAAUUUCAAAGAUUUUAGAUAAAUAAUACUCAACAUUAAAAAUCUGGCUCAACUUUCAGACAUUGAUCUCAAAGAAGACUUAAAUGAGAGCUGGAAUAGAAUAGAAUGUAAUGUAACAAGAUGUAACAGAUUGGAAUAGAAUAGAAUAGACGAGAAUAGAAUGUAACAAUGGAAUAGAAUGGAAUGGAAUAGUGUCAAAUAGAAUAGAAUGUAAGGCAAUAAAAUGUAACAAAUUGGAAUACAGUAGAACAGAAUAGAUUAUAAUGUAAUGUAACAAGAUGUAACGGAUUGGAAUAGAAUAGAGUGGACUAGAAUAGAAUGUAACAAAAGAAUAGAAUGGAAUAGUGUCAAAUAGAAUAGAAUGUAAUGCAAUAAGAUGUAAAGGAUUGGAAUAGAAUUGAAUAGAAUAAAGUGGAAUAGAAUAGACUGUAAUGAUAAGAAUAUAAUAACCUAGAAUAGAAUAGAAUGGAAAAGAAUAGACUGGUUUGGAAUAGAGUGGAAUAGAAUGGAACUGAAUAGACUGUAAUGAUAAUAUAUUAAAUAAAAAUAGAAUAGAAUAGAAUUGAAUUGAAUGCAAUAAGAUGUAACAGAUUGGAAUAGAAUAGAGUGGAAUAGAAUGAAUAGAUUAGACUGUAAUGAUAAGAAUAUAAUAAUUUAGAAUAGAAAAGAAAAGAGUGGUUUGGAAUAGAGUGUAAUAGAAUGGAACUGAAUAGACUGUAAUGAUAAUAUAUUAACUAUAGGAUAGGAUGAAAGGAAUAGAGUCAAAGAGGAUACAUUUGAAUUUAGUUAAGCGGAUUAAAGUGAAAUGGAAUAAACAGAGGUGUGAACUAGGAUUGGAUAGAAAGGAGUUAACUAGAACAAAAUCAAAUAUCAUUAAAGGUAAAUCCAACUAUAUUGAAUAGAAUUACAGCGAAGUGGAAUUGACUGACUUCUACCUAACUGUCAGAAUGGAAAAGAAUGACAUGUAACAGAUUAGAGCAGGAUGGAAUGGAGUAGAAUAAAAUGGACAUAAGCUGAAUACAAUAGGAUGUAGUAGAAUAGAAUGUGUUGGUAUGAGAGUAAAGGGUUUGAAUUAGAAAUGAAUAGUAAAAAUAGAAAUGCAAUAGAAUAGAACUCCAUCAAAUUAAAUCCAACAUAGUAGAAUGAAACAGAAUAAGAGUUGAAGCCAGUGAAAUACAAUCAAAUUUAAAAGUGUCAAAAACAAGAUAAUACAACCUGGGCAUUGAUCGAAAUAGACUGGAAUUGAAUGGUGGGCUGUAAAAACAUGAAAUGGAUUAAAAUCAACUUAAAACUGGAAUGAAAUAGAAUAUAACUGAAUAAGUUAGAAUAGAAUAGAAAUGUAAGAAUGUAACUUCAGUCAAAUAGAAAAGUAACUUGUAAAUAGUACAGAGUAAAACACUUUUGAGUCUCCUCUAUUUGUCGAACUCUCUUGUCUUGUACAUGUAAAGGUUGGUUUUAUCGUCCUAACUCUCUGUCUGAUUCCUUUUUAACAGUCAAACUGAAUAUUCAGCUCUUAAGAGGUUGUUUUUUUAUGCAUACUUUGUGUCUAAUCGUCUCUUGGCAGCAGUUACACUCUUUAAAAAAACACCAUUAGAAUAAUCAGUCUUGUUUCUGACGGUCUGGUUUGUUUUUGUGAGUCAUCCGUGUUUCUUUCAGCUUGUUUUAUAACCAGUUAAAACUCCUCUCAGGGGUUUGAAGCUCUACUAUCUGCAUGUUUGUUUACAGUUUUUUUUCCCUCCCUGUUUACAUCCAUCCCUUUUUUUUUUUUACCCUGGAGCUUUGUUUUUCUCCUUCUGAGCUGUCCGAGACAAAAGAAAACUCCUUUUGUUAUCUUGUAAGUACAGCGCUCUUCUCUGUGUCUCCAGUCUGGAUGAUGGGGGGAAUCUUGGGUUAGUGGGACAGACGCUGGCUGGUCUGAUGCUGCUGCUGCAGGAUGAGAAAGUAAAAGCUGAAUCCCUCCUGCUCAUCACUCCCUGCCUCUCUAUUUUUACUCCCCUGGAAAAACCAAAAACUCGUCUCCACGCAUGACUUCCUUGGUAAUGUGCUGUGUUGCAUGUGUAUUAUGGAAGCACUGGGGGGCGAACACGGCCGACCUUUUUUCAUGUUGUCAUCAGAGUUGGACAAAGAGCGGCCGGUGGCAGAGAAGUUCUCAGAAAACAGGAGUCAUGUGACGCUCUGCACGGCUGCAGGCGGAUGUUCUCUGUUAGAGGAUCUUUCUUUUUAUUGUCAGUGUUGUUAACACGCUGUGCGGCGUAAGGAGCUGUUUAUCUGGGUCAGACAGGGAGAUGGAGAGUCCGUGUGUCCGCCAGGCUCGUCUCUGAGUUAACAGUGUGCAGAGAGGCUCAGGGGAAACACUUCUCUCUGUUACUAUGAGAGGAGGGGAAGCUUUUUAUGAGACUCAGAGCUGACUGCAAGAACUUUUAAUGUGAUCAUUUAUCCGAGUGUUUCCAGAAGGACCCAAAUUUACCAUCAACAGCUCUUCAGUCUGUCCAUGCUGGAGUUUUCACAUUUUAUAAUCAUGAUUCGAUUUUAAAUCACCAUCAUUGAAAGCUCUCAUUAAAACUCCUGUGAGGAACUUUUUGUUUGUGUCGUUUCUGGCGCCCCCUGUGGACAAAACCGGCUUAUCUUGUCCUUUAAAGCUCUGGUUUUAUAUGUUGAAUAUGAACAAGUUGUUGGGAUGAGAUUUUUGUCAAGGUGAGAUUUCAAGAUAAAGAUUCAUUAAUGGUAAAGGAAAAUAGUGCUGUUCUGAUAAUUAUUUGUGGCUAUAGAGUGGCGUUUUGGUUGAGGUUUGUUUAUGGCUCCUCAGACCGCUGUGUAUCGCUAUUCUGCGGGCGCUACUAAAGUUGGAAUAACUAGAAAAGCAAGCGGUCUGCAACAUUCAUCUCUCGAUGGGGUGUCUAACUCGGUGUUACGGCGUGUUUAACCGUAAAUUAAUUUUACGCCGGAAUAUCCCUUUAAUAAAAUCCCUACAGGAGCUUUAAAACGGCGCAAAACUAGAACAAAAAUGGUGCCCAUAUGCGCUAAACUAAGCCAAUUAAAAAAAAUCAUUAAAGACGAUGAGGUGGAGAGAAAAAGGUCCUUUAUGUGACACUAGAUCAUAAACUAAUUUCAUUAUCCGGGCGCACGUUUAAAGCCCGUUUCAUAAGAUCGGUCCCCCUUUGGUUCCCUCGGCGGUUCUCGGCUCCUCUGUGCAGCUGCAGCGUUCAGGGUUUAUUUUCAGGGGGAAUAAUUGGCUCAUUAGCAGGUGUGAAAGCACCGAGCGUCAGUUGCAGACACGUCCCCACAUCAUCUCCUUAAUCCUGCUGCUGUUUGCCCACACCGAGCAGGAGAGAGAGAGCUUCCUCCUGAAUGUCAGGUCAGUGGGGAUCCAUGCGAAAGGUUGCGGGUUGGAUUCACACCAGACUGCUGUUCGGAUAAAGCCAGGCGGGGCCGCAUUUAGCCCAAACAUUUGUUGUGAAACGUAGCCCGCUUGUUUCCGCUCUCAGGUCGGCUCAGAUCAUCAGAUAGUCCACCUGUGGCUGCUGCUCAGCUCGCCGCUCUUACGUAAUCCUCUCACAGGUCAGCUCAACAUUCAGCAGCGCCACUUUUGUGAGGUUUGUUUCCUGGAAAGGAGGAAGAAAUUCGACAAUGUCAUACCGGGAGCAGAGAGGUGAGGGGGUCACAUGCAUGCAGGGUUUGUUUACCAUGUGUUUAAUCUCUUCUUCCUCUUCUUCUUCUUGUCUUUUGCAGCUCAGUGCAGAACAGUGAGAGAGGGAAGAAGAUUGGGAACGCCAUGAUGACCACCAGUCGCAGCGUUGUGCAGACGGGGAAAGUAGUGGGUGAGAAAUCUCUGGAAAUAAGACGCAAAGUUUGACCAAGACUGUGAUAAACUAUCAGUUUAUGUGAAUCAGGAUGGAGCCUGAUACUCUGAAGUGUUUCACCUGAAGUCUUGACCCCCAUCGACCCACUUUAACCCCAGACACCCUGUCUCAUCAGGAAAAUCCUCACAUUUAAAGAUCUAAUGUGGUCCAACUGUCUUUCUCAGGUCAGUCCGUGGGUGGAGCGUUAACCAGCGCCAAGUCGGCCAUGUCCUCCUGGUUCUCCACUCUGUCCCAGCCUGCAGCUGUGACCCCUCCAGAGCCCGCCAUGGAGGCCAAGCCCUGAAAACCAAAUCCCCACAAGCCCCUGUCUCCUCACCCCGACUUCCUCCUCGCCCUCUGAUCCUCCGGCCGCUCUUGCUGCGAGGCCUGAGACUCAGUGGAGCGAGAGCUGCUUUUAUGAAGGUCAUUCUCAGAAUCACGGAGUUGGAAAAGUAAAACCUGGGACCCCCCCACUCAGGACAGAGAGCAGCAGCGCCGUUAUACGGACUGUACAGUCCAGAUCCACUGUGAGGCAGAGACUGCCAAGAAUACUGAUCAAAACCAGAGGUUUCUACAGGCCGACCGCCUGUGUGUCCACGCUGCAGGUUUUACCGCGGGACGCUUUCCUGUCAGACACUACGAGACGAUGUUGUCGGGUUUAAGGGGUUCGCUCUUUGCUGCAUAUUUCCAGAGCUUGUCUAUCAAAAUAUUUUACUGCGUUAUUAUGUCAAAGAAAGAAAGAAAUAUGUGUCACAGGAUCUGACGAAGAAGCAUGAGCUGUGAUACCUCUGAAGAUUUUAACGGUCCCGAUUUUAAAACCAGUCCAGCUCUCGUGCCGUGAUAAGUCUGUAUUAACUUUGUGGUUGUUAAAGGGAUAUUCCUGUGUCAAAUUUUAAAACUUUAUGCUGGAAUGUCCCUUUAAGGUAGCUGCAUUCACUCCUCUGUAAUUAUACAAGUCGGGUGACUCAAAAAGUUUGCAGCAAAUAGUUUUCGUCAUGAUUCGCUCCUCAGUUUUUAGAGUUGAUGUUCGUUAUGGAGCCAAAAUAAUCGACGGUGGCCGAGAACCGAAAUUACUGACGCAAAAAAAAGUGACGAUGGAAAAAAAAGUUACUGAUUGCGAAAAUUAAAAGAUGCAAACUUCCGUUGUGGCUUUUUUUUUUUGAUCUACAGGGUUUCUUUUUUUUAAUUUGCAGCGGGCUUCGUUUUUUUGUGUUUUUUCUUUGCAUCGGUAACUUCCAAUUUUUGCAUUCUCUUUAUUUGCAGUAGUGGUGGUUCUCGGCCACCGUAAAAAUCCAACAGAGGAGUAAAAAAAUUGAUCAAAUCGAAACAAUAAUGACACCGGGAUGAGCAACAGAGCGAGCGCGCAAAACUGGUGACGUAAAAAGCUCCAGUUUGAUGAAGCUAACAGUUCCAGUUACUUUAUCUGAGACGUAAUUAGAAAUAUAACUCUGUCAAUAUGAAUCAGAAUCAAUAAGUCGAGUUAUUGAACAGUUAUUGAAAUCUAAGCUCCCACACUCACACUGAUUAGAUGCUGUUAAUUAACCACAAUGUUAAUACUUGAAUCCUCGUGUACCUGAUGCCUGAUUUGUGCCCUUAACAUGAAGGAAACCUGCACCCUGCUGCGUGUGAGAGUGUGUGAGAGUGUUUGAGAGUGUGUGAUUGUGUGUGUGUGUGUGACAGGGUGUCCCCGCCCCUCGCCCAGGCCUUUUUCUACGUUGCUGUCAGAACAUAUAUAUAUAUUAUUGUAAGAAGUAUAUUUAGUAAAUCUGAAGCUAGUUUGACGUCAGAUCUCUUAUUUAUUUGUUGUGUAUAGACGUGUACGCUCAUAGAUUUCCAUGUUUUGUCACGACGACACUGGAACAAGUCCUGAUCUGUGGACCACUGUGUGUUUUUGCACAAAGCAGCCGUUAUACUCUCUCUCUCUCUCUCUGUGGAUCUUUAUCUUGUGUAAGUGUAAUUCUGAGGUGCUUACAGGAUGUUUUUCUCCCUCCAGAUAUUCAACCACAGUUGGAUUAAAAAAGUGGUCCAGUCAGCAUGCUUUGUCCAGUCCAGUUUUCAGCUGUAACGGGUCUCAUCUCUCUGUCUUUAAAUCUUCAUUUUGUCAUGCUUUUUAACUUUCUUUUUCUUCUUGAUUAUGUUUAAAAAAUAUCAGCUGAGUUUAUUUGCUCAUUUUUUUAUCCUCUAAUGAUAUAUUUUCUUUUUUUUGUAUUUAAAAUAUAUGAAUGUAUUGUGAAUCCAGAAUUCACUGUAUAUUUUCUUGACAGAUGCUUUUAUCGUAUUUGGAAAAGAAGAAGAAGUGAUCCUACGUUUUAUUGCUGUAUUAAAAGAUAAUUAAAAAUCAGA